GUCAGUGAUUGGUUGAAAUUACAGAAAUCCGACAACUUUAACAUAGAAUAAUUUAUGGAUUUCUUUUUUUUUAAAGAAGACUAAGAGAAAAAGAUGUUUUAUAUGACACAUUCUACCAGUGUUCCAAGUUUCAAAGUGUUUCGUUAAUGAAAAAUGUGGCCCCCGUUUUAAAAAAGAUCCAAACUUAUUUUCCAAAAUUCCAAUUCUUAAGUAAACAAAAAUAUAUUCAAUCGAAAAUAGAUAAGUAGAAUAGAAUAGCAGAACACAAGAAUCUUUACUACUUGAUGUACAUAUUGUCUGAAUUCUAACAAAAGGGAAAGCAUUUACUUCAAAAAUGUGUAGAAAGAUAGAUUUCUUUAUUAAGCCAAGAAGGGCCGAACGCAGAGGGGACAAUACAAUGUAGAAUUUUUCUUUUCAAAAGCGAUCAAUAGGGAUCGAAAACGUUUUGUAACGUGCACACAAAAGAUAACAAUGUAUCGUUUUAACAACUGAAAUUCUCAAAAGGGGAAUAAACUAAAACACUGAAUAAGGUUAUCCGUGGAAUGAAAAAAACCCCACAGUAACCUCGGAAAAAACCACGAGAGCAAAGCGCCCUUUCUCUUUUUGUUCUAUAGGUUCAUGCUCAAAAGGGAUCCGUCAUUCAUGUGGACCAUCCUUGCUAUAUUCACCCACCACAAAGGUGACAACGUGGCCUUCUGCCUUCAACGGCCACGUAAGUUUGUGUCGCCCGUCUGUUUUACUAGGUCUAGGAUGGACUUGAUCGUCUCUUGAUCCACUUGGAUCAAGAGUUUGACCCCAUAUCCGACCCAGUUUUGCUGCUCUAGGAAGGCAAUUUCUAGGAUGUUAAUUGCUUCUUCAAAAUCAGCAGAUCGCCUUACACCAGCCAGCGUAUUUCUACCUCAGGGGGGAACAUCUUUAAUUUUUACUUUUGUCACAUGGCGACCAAGGUAUGUGGGAACCAUGACAAUUUCCUCGCAUUCGAGUGGCUUUAUGGAAUGUGUUUUUGCUUGACAGUGGCAAAUCUUUUACCCCUUGCGAUGUAUUUUUUAAAAGCCCAUACAGGCCGUGGGUAUUUUUCAACCGUUUGUUUAUUUGACAUGUUCCAGCCUUUUUGUUUUUAAGUUUAUUGCCUUGUAAAUCAUUUGUUUUUUUUUGUCUUUUAAAAUAUCUUUUGGUGCGUGUGAUUUUAUUCAUCUUCCUUCUUUUGAUAAAAAUCGAUUUAGAUUCUAGGAAUACUUGUGGAGUAAAUGACACGAGUUGUCUCCCUUGGCUCAGAACAGUAGCAAAAUUUUGUUCGUUCGUGUUGUCGGUUCGACUAAAACUUCCUCAAAGUGGUACCCCAGCACGGUCACAGUCCAAUGUCUGAAACAAGUAAAAGGAUGGGGGGAGUUGAAAAUAACUGAGUGGGGUUUAUCCACAAGGUAGCUUAGCAUGAGAUAAUUUAAUGAAUUUAGGCCGGCGGUGUAGAGGGUAAUUUGUCUCCUCUCAAUGAUAUAGGUGACAUAAGUUAUAAGUCCCUAACAUAAUUUAAUACAUUCAGAAACACUUUCAGUUCUACCAAUUUCUUCUUUGUUCAUAUCCAACCGUGAAAGCGCGGGGCUCAAUUGUUAGGGUAUUCGGUACACGAUAGUAAGACUGUGAAUUCGAUUCCUGGUUGCGCAUUGUGUCCUUGAACAAGACACCAUAUUUCACGUUGUUGCAGUCCACUUAUCCGGCAAAAAUGUGUUGUACCUGUAAUUGGAAGGACCGGCCUUAUAACGUUCCGUGUCACGCUGAAUCUCCAUUAGAACCCCUCAAAGGGUAACGCGUUUGUCGACUGCUCAGCUACUUGCAUGUUAAUUUCAUGAGGAAUCUGUUCCGUUGAUCGGAUCGACUGGAAUAUUCAUCGUCGUGACCGACGGAAUGCCAGUUUUUGUAUCCAACCCAUAAUAAACCAAAUGUACAUCAUCCAGUAAAAUAAUUAUCGAAUAUUAAUGAGGAUGCCACUGCGCGAUCUUUCGAUCUCAAUUAAUUAAAGUAGUUGGGUAUGCUUGAAGAGAAAUUUGGCGACUAUUUUUGGUUGGCUGAAUAAACACGUAAAGGCUCCCUCAUUGAUACCCAAUAGUUAUUUUAAUUGGUGAUUCUUUUAAAAUUUACCAUGCGUUGGAUAUAAACGACACAUCAUAUUGAGCGUGUUUCUAAAUGCAUUAAAUUAUGUUAGGAACUUUUGACAUAUUUCACCGAUUCCAUUGAGGCGAGGGAAAAAUUAUCAGUAACUUAGAUUUAAUUGUGCUGUUCUGAGUAUUCCAUUACAACCUGAAGUAGAAUACAAACUUCACCAGAAAACCUGCAACCGAUUAUUUAUGGAUGGAAUAUUGGGGGUCGAUGGGAUUGACUUAUCCCCUCCCUCGAACUUGUUGGCUUUGUGCCAAAAUUUGAAACCAAUUUUUACAUAUGUAAACGAAGUCUCCUGAAAAGUGACUGACCCAUGUUUUUAUUAAUCAAGAAUUAAUAUGGAUGACAUUAAUAAUUGUGGGAAUAAAUCCUAUAGCUGUGAUGUCUGUGGAAAAUUUUUUGUCUCCAAGAAUAUUUUAACAAGACACAAUUUGAUACACACCGGAGAAAAACUAUUUCAUUGUGAAAUCUGUGGAAAAUCUUUCGUUGAUAAUUCAAAACUGAUUAUUCAUAAUCGUAGUCAUACUGGAGAAAAGCCCUUUCAUUGUGAUGUUUGUCGAAAUUCUUUUGUUUCUAAAAGCAUUUUAACUCGACACAAAAUUAUACACAGUGGAGAAAAAGCAUUUCACUGUGAGAUAUGUGGAAAAUCGUUUAUGAAAAACACUAAUUUAACCACUCACAGAAGAAUCCACACUGGAGAGAGACCGUUUUGCUGUGAAAUAUGUGGAAGAUCUUUCUCUGUUAACUCGAAUCUUGUAGUACACAUUAGAAUACAUACUGGAGAGAAGCCUUAUAGUUGCGAAACUUGUGGGAGAUCGUUUAUCAAAAACAGUGACUUGACAAAGCACAAAAGAAUACAUACGGGAGAGAAACUUGUAUCUUGUGAAAUAUGUGGGAAGACUUUUAUCGCUAACAGUGAUUUAGCUAAACACAGACGAACACACACCGGAGAAAAACUUUUCCACUGUGAAAUUUGUGGGAAAUCGUUCUCUGUGAAUUCAAGUCUUGUUAUUCACGUACGUAGUCAUACUGGAGAAAAGCCAUAUCAUUGUGAAGUGUGCGGCAAAUCGUUUAUGGUUAACAGUGGCUUGACGAAGCACAUGAAGAUACACACAGGAGAAAAUUUAUUCCACUGUGAAAUCUGUGGUAAAUCUUUCACUGAAAAUUCAAAAUUUGUUAUCCACAAGCGUAUUCACACUGGGGAAAAACCAUUCCAUUGUGAUAUUUGUGGGAAGUCUUUCUCUGUUAAUGCUCGACUUGGUGUUCACAAAAAAAUUCAUACUGGAGAAACACCCUAUUCUUGUGAUAUUUGUGAGAAGUCGUUUAUCACUAACAGUCAUUUAAAAAUACACAAACGAGUACACACUGGAGAGAAACCAUUUCACUGUGAAAUAUGUGGAAGAUCCUUCGCUAUUAAUUCCCAUCUUGUCGUUCAUAGAAGGGUACACACCGGAGAAAGGCCUUAUUCUUGUGGAAUAUGUGCUAAGACAUUUAUCACAAACAGUCUCUUAAAAAAACACCAACGAAAGCACACUAGAGGGUAACCAUUUCAUCAUCAUCAUCAUCGUCGUCGUUUAACGUCCGCUUUCCAUGCUAGCAUGGGUUGGACGAUUUGACUGAGGACUGGUGAAACCAGAUGGCUACACCAGGCUCCAAUCUAAUUUGGCAGAGUUUCUGCAGCUGGAUGCCCUUCCUAACGCCAACCACUCCGAGAGUGUAGUGGGUGCUUUUUACGUGCCACCGACUGUGAAAUAUGAGAAAGCCUUGUUUUGUAAAUCAAAUAUUAAAGAUUAGAUGCAGUGGAAUUGCAUCAGUGAUAAGGUUGCAGUUGGUGCAAUGAAGAUUUUGAUACCAAAUAAUAAAUGUUUAAGUGAAGUUAACAGUCUGUGUGUUGUUUUUGAAUGGUUAACACGUCUCCCAUGCUGUAAUUGUACCUAUUAGUGACCCUUCUGUCAUAUUUGAAAUGAUCUUGUUUGGAUACUAAUCUGAUAUGUUUUUAUUCUCUUACUUGUUUCAGUCAUUUGACUGAGGCCAUGCUGGAGCACCGCCUUGAAGGGUUUUAGUCGAACAAAUUGAUACCAGGACUUAUUUUUUAAAAGCCUAGUAUUGGGUUGGUGCAUAAAUAUUGCGGCUUUUUUCCAACAAAUCUUAUUCAACGAAAACAAUAACAAAAUUUAACAAAAACAUCUUUGAAUGACGGUCUGACCGUCUGCCAAGCAAAUGGGAAGCAGUAACUGAAGUAGAUGGUGAAUAUGCUCCGGAAUAAUCAUUUAAAGAUGUUUUUGUUACAUACUAAAAUUGGAACAAUACAGACAAGA